UGUAGGCCCCUGAACCGAUCGAUCAUGAGGCUUCUACACAUCCUGGGUUUCACCCUCUUGCUCUGCAGCCUGUGUGUGAGGGCAAAGGAGGAAACAACUGAGGACAAAGUAGAGGAAAAAGUUGAGGACAGCUCUGAAGAAGACACAGAACCAGAGAAACCAGAGAAGACAGAAGAAAUUACAGAAGAGAAAGACGUUUUGGUCCUUCAUAGCGUCAACUUUGACAGAGCUCUCAGUGAGAACAAAUACCUGCUUGUGGAAUUUUAUGCUCCAUGGUGUGGUCACUGUCGCAAUCUGGAGCCCAUUUAUGCAGAAGUGGCUGGAUUACUGAAAAAUGGGUCACCUGAAGUACGACUGGCCAAAGUGGAUGCUGACGAAGAGAAAGACCUUGCCACAGAGUUCCACGUGGGCAGUUUUCCCGUUCUUAAAUUCUUCAAAGAUGGCAAUAGGCAAAAUGCCACCGAUUUUUCUGGAAAGCGAACGGUAAAAGGAAUCACGAGGUGGCUGGAGAGGCACACGGGGCCCAGCGCUACUGUUCUCAAUGAUGUGAAGAGUGCAGAGGCUCUGCUGGAUGCACAUGAUGUGGUUGUGGUUGGAUUCUUCCAGGAUUUGGCAGGAGAUAAGGCAAAGAUAUUUUAUGAUGUAACUUUAAUAGCAGUAGACUUUGACUUCGGAAUCACAAGCAACCCAGAGCUCUUCAAGAAGUAUGAUGUAAAAAGCGACUCAUUGGUGCUUUUCAAGAAGUUUGAUGAAAAGCGGGCAGAUAUGCCACUUACUGAGGACAGCAAGCUAGACAAAGGAGAGAUGAUUUCAUUCAUCCAUACCAACAGCAUGAAACUUGUCAUUCCAUUUAAUGAAGAGAAUGCUGACCAAAUAUUUAGGUCUAAGGUCCGUAAUCACAUGAUUCUAUUCAUUAACACAACUGUGGAAUCCCAAAAUGCAUUGCUAGAAGAUUUCAGAGAUGCUGCCAGUGAGUUUAAGGAAAAAGUGCUUUUCAUCACAUUAGAUGUUACGUCUGACAAAUCGGAUCAUGUGCUGAAGUAUUUCAGCAUCUCUGCAGAUGAUGCUCCUAUUAUUCGCCUGAUCAACAUUGAUAAAGUGGUGACAUAUGCAAUGGAGGGAUCAACCAUCAACAAAGACACGCUGAGAACAUUUUGCCAGGGGGUUCUGGAUGGUACCAUGAAGCCCUUUUUGAAGACUCAAGAAAUUCCAGAGGAUUGGGACAAGAAUCCAGUUAAAGUCCUUGUAGGGAAGAACUUCAAAGAAGUGGCUUUUGAUGAGACUAAGAACGUCUUUGUGGAGUUUUAUGCUCCAUGGUGUGGUCACUGUGAGCAACUGGCUCCUAUAUGGGAUGAGUUGGGUGAGAAGUACAAAGACCAUGAGAAUAUAAUCAUUGCAAAAAUGGACGCUACAGGAAACGAUGCGGAAGAUGUCAAUAUAGAGGGAUUUCCCACCAUUAAAUACUUUCCAGCUGGGGCUGAAAAGAAGAUCGUUGAUUAUAACGGAAACAGAGAUUUGGAGACCUUCUCAAAGUUCCUGGAUAAUGGAGGAGUGUUACCAGAAAAAGAGAGUAAAGAUGAUGAUGAAGAUGAUGAUGAUGAUGAUGAAGAUGAGGUGUCAGAUGAACCAACAGAGGAGUCACCAAAAUCUACCAAUGAAACCAGCAAGGAUGAGCUUUAAAAACAAGGCAUAAAUAAACUCAUUUGUAAUGAAUAAGAGCAGUGAGAGAUUUAUGCCAAUGAGCCAAAUGUGUUUUGUCAGGUUAAUGUCAUUUUUUUCUGCAGUGGACCAUUUCAACAAACUACACCUGACGAAAUUGAAUAAAACAACUUAACAUGUUAAGGUUUUUUAUUCAUGGUCCUGGUCUUUAAUUUAUUUAUGUCAUGACAACUCUCUGAGUGAUUUGCAUGGUAAUACACAUGACAAUGUUAAUGUAUUUGGUCUUGGUGGAGUAGAUCUGCUACGCUGCUGCUGCUGCUGAGACUUGUUACUACCAAUACAUCCAUAACAUGUUGCUGUGAGCAUGUAAGAAAUACUGCUGCUGCACAUAACACGAAUAACCCCCAUAGCAUACAUGAUCACACCGUAGCAGAUCUAUACAGGUGGAGCUGGGGAAGGUGGAGGGCUUCUGAAGUGCACUGCUACUGCUACAGCAAACACUGCCAAGUAUUGGAAUGUUGAGCAGUGAGCUCAUUGGCUACCAGUACAGGAGAGAACCAAUCAGCUAUGCCUUGUGAUAAUGUCAUUAUGUCAUAUUGUGUUAGAUCUAUCGGACUGCACCAUCUAGAGUUUCAUGCCAGAACUUUGUAUUUCUGUGGUGUGAGAUCAUUUAGACUCUAUCAGUAUUAGUAUUUGGCUUCAAAAGAGUAUAUGGAUGAAUCUUAGAAAAUUGUCAAGAACAUGCCUAAAUUGAAGCCUAAAUGAAGCCAAUUUUUAUGACCAUUACGAUUUUUUAAAUUACAAUUAGCUUAGUAGUGUUUUACAACAUUUACAGCAUACACAAUAUCACUGUAUUACACUGUAUAUUUAUUUCAGUUUUUA